UAUAUACAAGUACUUUCCAAGUCGCCUGUGGUAGCAGGCUGAAGUUUGAUCUCUAUUGGAACUUUCUUAGUUUUCCCAACAGCCAUGGAAAUUGAAGACGCGUUUACGGUCGUUGGAGAAAUGGGCAUUUACCAAUUUUCCCUCUGUUUUCUGCUGAUCUUUUUAGUUCGGGUGUUCACUAUAUGCCAGGCGUUUUCCCUCGCUGUGGUGGGGCUAAAACCGCAGUAUCGGUGGGACCUGGUCGGGCAGCUGAACGACUCGCGGGACAACGAUCGGUCAUUCCGACACUGGCUCCGCGAGGCGAGCGAAACAGAGGUGCUCGUCUCCGAGGUCUCCUUGAUGAGCUCUGUGUACUUUGCUGGGCUGCUGAUUGGUGCUGUCACCUUCGGCUGGCUCUCGGACUGGUACGGUCGCAGGAAGCUCUACUUCACAGGCCUGGCUCUAGCCCUGGUGUUCGGCCUGGCCAGCGGACUCGCCCCAUCCUACCCACUGUUUGCCGCGGCACGCUUCCUGGUGGGGGUCAUGACCGGGGGCAUGGCCUUGGUGGCGUACGUUUUGCUCAACGAGGGUGUGGGCAAGGCCUACUGGGGCCUCACAGGAACACCGGGAUGGGUGUGUGCUCCAUGGCCUCCCGAAUUGGGGGACUCCUCGCACCCUUUGUCCCAUCUCUGGAUGUCAGCUGCAGUCCUCGCAACAGUUCCAGAAGUUUGGAGCGAGCACCUUCCAUCGUCGAUGCAAAGUGAGACUGUGCAAUUAGCAGGUGUCAUAGCCGAUAUGAAAAUGCCGAAACCGGCUGACCCAACACGAAAGAAGGGGGCGACUGGCAGACCUGCUUCUGAGGGCCAACAGCCCAGUCCUGACCUCCCGAAUGACAAAAAGAGCAGCACGUCUCUGGACCAGCACUAUGAGGAGAAGGUGCGCCCCUGCAUCGACCUGAUCGACUCCCUGCGCUCGCUGGGUGUGGAGGAAGACCUGGCUCUGCCCGCCAUCGCUGUGAUCGGAGACCAGAGCUCUGGCAAAAGCUCCGUACUGGAGGCCCUGUCUGGGGUGGCACUGCCCCGGGGGAGCGGUAUUGUGACCCGAUGCCCCCUGAUUCUGAAACUGAAGAAGGUGAAGAGGGGACAACCUUGGGCGGGAUUUCUGACCUUUAAACAUGACAACAAAACGUCCAGAUAUGGCCUCACAAGCCCAGAUGAAGUGGGGGAGGUGGUCGCCAGUGUUCAGGAGAUUAUCGCCGGGAAGGGAGAGGGGAUCAGCCAUGAAAUGAUCACACUGCAGAUCGAGUCCACGGAGGUCCCUGAUCUCACGCUCAUUGACCUUCCUGGGAUUGCCAGGGUUGCCGUGGGUAACCAGCCAAAAGAUAUUGGUGAUCAGAUUAAAAGAAUGAUUCGCGAUUACAUCAGUAAACAGGAGACCAUCAGCUUAGUGGUGGUGCCAGCAAACAUUGACAUUGCCACAACAGAAGCUCUGAAAAUGGCAAAGGAAGUUGAUCCAAGUGGACAGAGAACUCUGGGUGUCCUGACCAAACCUGACCUGGUGGACAAAGGGACCGAGGAGACUGUGGUCAACACCGUCAACAAUCUGAUAGUCACCCUGAAGAAAGGCUACAUGAUGGUGAAGUGCAGGGGUCAGCAGGAGAUAAACGACAGCCUGACCCUGGAGGAGGCCAUCCGCAAAGAGAGGGCCUUCUUUAGAGACCACCCUCAUUUCAGGACUCUCUUGGAUAAUCGGAAGGCCACCGUCCCGUGCCUGGCAGAAAGGUUGACCAAGGAGCUGGUGGAGCAUAUAGCCAAAUCCCUCCCAAAUCUGGAACAACAGAUUGAUCAGAAGCUGGCACAGACAAAAGAAAAGCUGAGGAUCCUGGGAGAUGGAGUUCCUCAGGAUCAGGCGCAGAUGACUAGCUUUCUGGUUGAGAAAAUAAGCAAAUUUAACAGACUUCUCAUGGAAAUAGUCCAGGCAGAGGAAGUGGUGGAGAAGGGUGAAACCAGGGUGUUUACCAGAAUCCGAUCCCACUUCAGCAACUGGAAAACACAGCUUGAGAUGAAAGCCAACAAACUUGACGAACACCUCCGGGAUGAAGUGGAGGAGUUUGCUCGGUCCCGCAGGGGGAAGGAACUGCCUGGAUUUGUCAACUACAAGACCUUUGAGGGGAUCGUGAAGCACCACGUCCAGGACAUGGAGGAGCCGGCUGUAAUGAUCCUGAGGAACGUCGCAGAAAUUAUCAGGUCCAACGUGAACAAGAUGGCCGCCUCUCACUUUGAAGCUUUUCCGAACCUGCUGCGGGUGACGAAGGUGCAUGUGGAGGACCUGAGGGAGCAGGAGAACCGGAACGCUGAGGAGAAGCUGUAUGGGCAGUUCAGCAUGGAGAAAACCGUGUACUCCCAGGACUGCCUCUACAGCUACCAGCUCAACGCCAUCAAACAGAGGGGCACGUGCUUUGGGGUGGCGCCUAAUGCAGACAUCAAAGAGAUGACCCAGCAUGUCAACGCAUAUUUUAAGCUGGCCUCUGAUCGGCUGGCCAAUCAGAUCCCUCUGAUCAUACACUAUCACCUGCUGGACAAGUACGUCGAGCGCCUGCAGAUAGCCAUGAUGGGGAUUUUAGGGCAAGACCAUAGCGUCGGCUGGCUUCUGCGAGAAGACUCCAACAAGAGCCGGGACAGGGAGGCCCUGGUGGGCAGCGUGGAGAGACUGAGGGAGGCUCGGCAGCUGCUCGCCAAGUCUGUGCUCAUAUAGCCAGCAGGAGGCACUACAGUGCCCUUCUGAAUGUUCCCUUAUGAACAACUGAUUUUUUUUAGUCUAGCUGAAAAUAUUCACGGUGCUGCAGAUCUGCAUUUUUAUUCUUUUAUUCACUUGUUAGCAUUGUAUAGAGAUAGCUAUAUAGCAGUGAAGCCUUUUGUUUGGGAAAUGUAACGUUUCACUUUCCUACAGUUUGCAGGUAGCCUAAUAUUAUGAAUUUUUUUCACCUUGAAUAAUAUAGACCAAUGUUGGGUCACUGUUGGAUAUCUUUGUUACCUUUAACUGGGGCAAUGAAAAUUGUGACAUUGAAGACUACAAUUUCUUUAAUAAACUGUCAUAUAAUGAGUUA